GGAGUGGAUAUAAUUUGUACUAAUUCCAUGAACUAUAAUGAUUGUAGGCGGUAUGGGAUCCAUAUCCAAAUGAAGUGGUUGAGUUGCAUCGUCUUAGACAUCCCGAGGAUGAAGAGACAUGGUUGUGCAAUGUGCCCUUAAUCUGCUUCCACAUGGUGGAAUGGCACCUGCUCGAUCGAUCUUUGAGGCAAUAUUGAUUGGAGCAACCAAUUCCAGCAUCCCCACCUCAAGGGUUCAGGGAGCUCCACGCCAUUGACCUACGUCACACCAAAAAGGAUUGGCUCAAGAAGCAUGAAUUCUACAUCAACAUAUGGGAAAAUAGAAAUCAGUGGGUGGUCCAAAGGUUGCCGGAGACAAGGCCAAUGGGGUACCACGAUAGCUACAUGUAGUGGUAUCGAAAUUUCACGCUAAGAUGGGUGUCAAAGCAAGGUGUUGUUUGGGCGUAGUGGUAAGUGAAUUCCAUUUUGGCCUCUUUGUCUAAAUUUUUGGAAGUAUGAUUACAUGCCUAUAUUAGCUAGAAUGUUAAUUAAUUAGUUAAUUUUUGGAAGUAUGAUUACAUGCCUAUGUUAGUUAAUUUUGUACAACAGUGUCUAAAUUUUUGUAUGAUUACAUGUCUAAAUUUUUGGAAGUAUGAUUACGUGUCUAAAUUUAUGGAAGUAUGAUUACAUGUCUAAAUUUUUGGAAGUAUGAUUACAUGCCUUUGUUAGAUUUAAGGAUGCCUCUUUGUCUUAAUGUUAGUUAAUUUUGUACAACAAUUUAUUAGGUUGACGGUUUGGAACAUGCCAAGCACACUGUCGAGAGUGCACCCACCAUGGAUGAGCGGAAGACAUCUUUUUUGCGCAGGCUUUUCAACAACCUGCUCUGUUGUACCCGAGAGCAAAGGAGGGAUGUCGUAUUAUACCCUCCAAUGCCUGCACCGCCCCGACCUUCAUUCCGUGCUGAUGAGAGGAUCGUGCCCCCACAAGAGCCCCCACGGAGGAGCAGAAGAAGGGUGAGAAAAAACAUUGAAGAGCUUCGUCCGUCUCAACAAACUCAACUUCCUGAACCAUGGCCACAUUGUGAGUGGGCAACUAGUACUGAGGGCACCGGAGGGUCGUCAAGCUAUGCCCCGACUCAGGAACAUGACAUGUUCACCCAAGGCACCCCUCACUUCCACCAUCAACAACAAACUACUCAGUAUCAGACCCCGCUUCAACAACACACAUCAUCGACUUUCCACCACGCUUCUGGUUCAUCUCAGCCAUAUCAACCCCCACCACCUGUCUACACUUCGGUGGGUGGUCGGGUUAAGAGGAAUCCGCGAGUAGUUGUCCAGCGGGCUCGUGAAGAAGGAGGAGGUAGAGAAGGCGGAAGAAGGGGUCGAGGAAGUCGUGGAGGAAGAGGAAGAGGAAGAGAAGGGGAAGUGGAGGGAAAUGAAGACAACCAGUGAACUAUCUAUGUCGUCUUAAUUAUGUUUGGUCUUGUGUUGUUUUCCAUGAACUAAACAUGUCAUAGUUUGGGAUUGUGUUGUUUUCCAUGAACUAUCUAUGUCGUCUUAAUUAUGUUUGGUCUUGUGUUGUUUUCCAUGAACUAUCUAUGUCGUCUUAAUUUGGUUUGGGAUUGUGUUGUUUUCCAUGAACUAUCUAUGUCGUCUUAAUUUAGUUUGGGAUUGUGUUGAUUUUCCCCCCAUGUUGUACCAAAGUAAACAACAGACACCAUUCAUUACAAUCACUCAACAAGAUUAAAACAAGAAGUCCAACUUAAACAUCACAACAACGAAAAUGACAAGGAAGUGAACAAAAGAGUACUCAAGGUUGGUUUGUACUUGGCCCCGAAUCUUGCUCUAGAGGUGGACCUGGACAACGCCUCUUGUCAUGACCCGGUUGUCUGCAGAAGUACCUCCUCCGUAGUUACUUGAACUACCACCCCAGCCAUACCCUCCUGCAAAACCAUCAUCACAAGAAUACUGGUGAGAAUGAGUUUCACCGACCGGCUCGGUCUCGACAUACACCUCUGCAAGCCGCAACCCGUUGUCAGAUAGGAACUGUAUCAUCAUGUUCACCGAGCAUCAUCAUUUAUGACAACUUUUUCGUACAUGACUCCGCCAGCACUCAUGUUUGGAUAGCGGUAGGCAAUUUGACCAACUCUCCUUUGCCCGCCCGUACAAGUCCUUUCUGCACAAAUGUCAUGGAGUUCUUGCCACGAGAAUCUCGACUCAAUUUUUAGCAUAGUGGAUUCGCCAUUUUCAUAGUCGAUGCCAAUGUUCGAGUUUGUCACCCGAUCAUUCCACCGAAUAAUAAGCCGAAACUUCUUAAAUUUACCCAUGUUUGCAAUUUAUAAUAAUUAAGUAUAGUAUAUAAUUAGUACAUUAGGGAUACAAAAACAAUAUCAUCCAAACCCAUAAACAAACGCAUGUAAUUGAUCUAUCAUGAGAAAACUAAACAAAUUCAUCUAAAUUCAUAACUAAUUAACUAACAUCUAUCAUAUCAUAAUUAAUCUAAAUAUACCAUAACAUAUUUUCCAAUAACCGCAAUUCACUAAAUACAGACAUACAAUUACUAACACAUCAACAUGUAAACAAUACAUAAUUAUAACAUACCGACUCCCGAUCUAUCAUGAGAAAACUAAACAAAUUCAUCUAAAUUCAUAACUAAUUAACUAACAUCUAUCAUAUCAUAAUUAAUCUAAAUAUAUCAUGAUAUAUUUUCCAAUAACCGCAAUUCACUAAAUACAGACAUAUAAUUACUAACCCAUCAACAUGUAAACAAUACAUAAUUAUAACAUACCGACUCCCGAUCUAUCAUGAGAAAACUAAACAAAUUCAUCUAAAUUCAUAACUAAUUAACUAACAUCAAUCAUAUCAUAAUUAAUCUAAAUAUAUCAUAACAUAUUUUCCAAUAACCGCAAUUCACUAAAUACAGACAUAUAAAUUACUAACACAUCAACAUGUAAACAUUACAUAAUUAUAACAUACCGAAUCCCGACGAGUUUCUUGAGCAGUAAACCAACUCCAAACCAGCUGAGAAAACGACUAAUAAAACACUAAUUUUUGUACUAAUUUUCUGUAAGGUAGCAACAGGGGAAGUGGAGGUCUGUAUUUAUAGGAAAAUUAUUUAGCAAUCACCGCUGAGGACAAUGACGGUGAACACAUCACUGUUUUUGUCCAAAGCGGUGAUAGCUAGGUAGCUGUGACCUAAUUUCCCACCUACCAGGGCUCUAAAACGUGUCAAUUUAUCACCGCUUUAAUCAAUGGCAAUGAUAUGA